UCUUCCGCCUGCUGUCUGUCAUUACACACAUUGACCUCCAAACAUGGCCGGCGUGCGAGCCCUCGGUUCCCUCUCCAGACUCACAAGCAGAAGAUAUACCCUGUUUCCAGGUGUCACCAGACGGACAUUUAGAGUUGCUGCUUGUAUGAUGGCUCGUACACACGUGAACUAUGAGAUCAAGGGAGAUGUAGCUGUGAUCCGUAUGAAUGACCCCAAUGCACGGGUCAACACACUGUCUACUCAAAUGCAAAGGGAAAUGACAGAAGUUAUGGAUGAGAUUUGGGGAAACAAUGCUGUUCAGAGCGUUGUUCUCAUCUCAUCCAAACCCGGCAGCUUCAUUGCAGGGGCAGACCUUAACAUGAUUCAGGCCUGUACGACCGCAGAGGAGGUCACUGGCCUUUCUCAAGAGGGCCAGAGGAUGUUUGAGAAGAUUGAGAAGUCUCCUAAGCCUAUUGUCGCUGCCAUUAAUGGAUCAUGCCUUGGUGGAGGCUUAGAGUUUGCCAUUUCCUGUCAGUACAGAAUAGCCACCAAGAGUAAGAAGACGGUUCUGGGCUGCCCUGAGGUCAUGCUCGGCCUUCUGCCUGGAGCUGGAGGAACACAGAGGCUGCCCAAAAUGCUUGGCCUUCCCAGUGCCUUUGAUAUUAUACUAACAGGAAGGAGCAUCCGUCCAGAUAAAGCCAAGAAAAUGGGACUGGUUCACCAGCUGGUGGAUACUCUUGGGCCUGGAUUAAAGAGUCCAGAGGAGAGGACCAUUGAAUACUUGGAGGAAGUAGCUGUGGAGGCUGCAAGAGGACUUGCUAAAAAGCAAAUCCCACUUACCAAAGAAAAGGGCAUGAUGCAGAAAAUUCAAGACUAUGUCAUGAGUUACCCGUUUGUGAGACAGCAGAUCUACAAUACAGUUCAGAACAAAGUCAUGAAACAGACCAAUGGACUGUACCCUGCACCACUGAAGAUAAUUGAAUGUGUGAAGGCUGGUCUAGAACAGGGUCCGACUGCAGGUUACCUGGUUGAGUCACAGCAUUUUGGCAAGUUAGCCAUGACCCCUGAGUCUAAAGCACUUAUUGGCCUUUAUCACGGUCAGGUCACGUGCAAGAAGAAUCGAUUCGGAACCCCUGAAAAGGAAGUAAAAACACUUGCUAUCUUGGGAGCAGGGCUGAUGGGUGCUGGCAUUGCUCAAGUGUCUGUAGAUAAAGGCGUUCACACCAUUCUUAAGGACACUACACUGGAAGGACUCAGUCGUGGAGAGCAGCAAGUCUAUAAAGGGCUAAAUGACAAGACAAAGAAGAAGAGCCUAACAUCAUUCGAAAGGGACAGUUUUCUGUCCAGCCUAACGGGACAGCUUGACUUCAAUGGCUUUAAUAAAGCCGACAUGAUCAUUGAAGCUGUUUUUGAGGACCUGAGUAUCAAACACAAAGUCCUAAAAGAAGUUGAAGCAGUGAUCCCUCCACAUUGUAUAUUUGCUACAAACACAUCUGCUUUACCAAUCAAAGACAUUGCAGCUGUCAGCAAGCGACCUGAAAAGGUCAUUGGAAUGCACUACUUUUCUCCAGUCGACAAGAUGCAGCUACUGGAGAUCAUCACCACUGAUAAAACCUCCAAGGACACAACAGCCUCAGCAGUGGCUGUCGGCUUGAAGCAAGGCAAAGUCAUUAUCGUCGUCGGGGACGGACCAGGUUUCUACACCACCAGAUGUUUAGCUCCCAUGUUGGCUGAGGCAGUGCGUGUAUUGCAGGAAGGUGUGGACCCCAAGAAGCUGGAUGCCCUGACCACAGGCUUUGGCUUCCCUGUGGGUGCUGCAACCCUGGCUGAUGAAGUGGGCAUUGAUGUCGCAGCUCAUGUAGCUGAAGACCUUGGCAAGGCCUUCGGCUCCAGAUUUGGAGGGGGAAAUAUUGAGGUUUUGAAGACCAUGGUGGAGAAAGGAUUUAAAGGCCGGAAAUCAGGCAAGGGCUGCUACAUCUACCAGCCAGGACUUAAACGCAGAGAUGUGAACACAGAAGCUCUGGAGAUUUUGGAAUCAUACAAGCUGACGCCAAACGCUGCCGUUUCUUCAGACUCGGAUAUUCAGUACAGGUUGGUGUCCCGUUUUGUGAAUGAGGCUGUUCUGUGUUUGCAAGAAGGAAUCCUUGCCAAUCCAGUGGAGGGUGACAUUGGGGCCGUGUUCGGACUCGGCUUUCCACCCUGCCUUGGAGGACCCUUCAGGUUUGUGGACAGCUUUGGUGCAGACAAACUUGUGGAGAAGAUGAGAAAGUUUGAGGAGGUCUUUGGGAACCAGUUUACACCUUGUCAGCUGCUGCUCGAUCACGCCAAGGAUCCAAGCAAGACAUUUCACAAGUGACUUUAGCUGUGCCAUUACUACUUCUUAGAGGAUUUAUGUGAAAAACAAGCAAUCACGAUUGUGCACUUAAAGCAAGAGUACAGAAUGUGAAGGGCCUUUUUUUGUUCCUUAAAACAGACAUAAUACAUUACAAUAUGAAAUAUCACUUUUCCCCGUAAGAUGCCAUGUGCAUGACUUGGUAGACUUUGGCCAAGCGAUAGCCUUUUACUGAAUUAAACAAUUUAGUUUUUGAGUUGUUUUUGUAUAUUAAUGAACUCUUUAGGUGAAAUUGUUUUCUAAUGUUUGUGUACAAACUGUACAGACAGAGACAUCAGGCGCAUUCCAGUACAGCCCAGGUGUCAAAAUAAAAACCUAAUACUCCAUGUUUUUUUAGGGUAUAGUCCAAAAGCACUUGUCUGUAAAAUAACUGUUUUAAUUUCAGUGAGAUUCGGUACUUAUGCUCAAUCUGUCUCUCUGGACAUAGAACGUGGCCUCACAUAAAAAAUUAAUGUCAAUGAAUUAAAUGAAAUGCUCAAGUC